AUGAAAAGUCGUAGAUACAAGACCCAAAAGUUUAUCGAGCAGGCGAAAAACAACAAGAAAGACAAUGCCGCUGCAACUACUGUCCCAGCAAUAACACCGACUGUGCAAAAGCCUCAGUGCGAAGAUACAGCUGCUAAUAUUGAUCUGUCAAAUCAUUGCCCAUUGGGUCAAGUCUACGGUGGUACAGACUACGGUCAUGUUACAAUGUCCCAGACAACAGCCUUAACCAAACAAGAUGUUCUUUUCCACGUCUCUCUCUACAACGCGCAGCAAAUUCAUCGGCAGCAGCCAAGAUUAGCCGAAGCAGCUUCACCGCAGCAAGAGCAUCAGGACCAGCAACAGGACCAGCAGCUACAACAACAGCAGCAAUAUAUUGAUCUUGAAACGCUUACAGUCAAGGACCUAAAACUACCCAAGCCAUUCACAAUCACACACGAACAGAUCCAUGAAGCGACGAAAACAAAAAAGUUCAUGGUGAGGCAGGAGAACCGGCUGAAGAAGUUUACAUACUUAGCUUAUCUUGCUUUAAUGUUUAUGAACAACUUUGAUACACAGCCUGAGAAUGAAGAAGUGCGGAAUGCUCUCCACGACUUACAAGAAAACUGCUUCGUUGGCAUCUGCGAUCCAGUGGAAACCUUCAAAAGGCAAAAAGUCAGGCUACAGCAUGUCGACGUUCUACGCAAGUUUUAUUAUUCCAACGCUGCCCUCAAUGAACACCGUCACCGCGAAAUUGCUACAAGUCGUCUUUAUACGCAACUUGCGACAAAGGAACGCCAAAAACCUGCGUCCUGUCAUAAUUUGUUGUCCGGUGGUAUUGCAGGAUGAAUAUUGAACUAGUCAAACCUGUCCUUCUGCUAAUGUCCACUGGUGAUGGCAACGGCAACCAAGGCUACAAAAAACGGUAAAAUCAAGGCAGUGAAGGUCCAUGGCGCUCUCCAAUGUGUCAACCCGGAUUGCCCUGCGGUGCGUGUCGGGUACACUACCUUUAGUCGUGAUUCUCUCUCGAGUACGGCCAUGAUCUUCGCUGCUGUUACCCAGUUAUUCUCCCCUACCAA